AUGCCUUCCAAAGUGUCAUGCUUGUACCUGCUGACAGUGGUGUGCUGGGCCAGUGCACUGUGGUACCUCAGUAUAUCUCGGCCUACGUCCUCCUAUGAAGGACACAUGUCCAUACCCAUACGCAAGACUGUCAAAACACCCAAGAACUUCACCUUCACCAACAUCCGCUCACGCACUCUUAAUCCACACUCCUUUGAGUUCCUCAUCAAUGAGCCCAAGAAAUGUGAGAGUGUCAGUCCCUUCUUGGUUAUCCUCAUCAGCACCAAUCACAAGGAGUUUGAUGCACGGCAGGCCAUCAGGGAGACCUGGGGGGACGAGAGCAUCUAUGAAGACAUUCACAUCCUCACUAUCUUUCUCCUUGGAAGGAACACUGAUGACGUGCUCAACCAGAUGGUGGAGCAGGAGAGCCAGAUAUUCCAUGACAUAGUGGUGGAGGACUUCAUAGACUCGUACCACAACCUGACUCUGAAGACCAUCAUGGGCAUGCGCUGGGUGGCCACCUUCUGCCCAAAGGCCCAGUAUGUGAUGAAGACAGACAGUGACAUCUUUAUCAACAUGGAUAACCUCAUCCACAAACUACUGAAGCCCAACACCAAGCCCCGCAGGAGGUACUUUACAGGCUACGUGAUAAACGGGGGGCCCAUACGAGACAUGCGCAGUAAGUGGUACAUGCCCCGAGACCUGUACCCGGACAGUCGCUAUCCCCCCUUCUGCUCGGGCACAGGGUACGUGUAUUCUGCAGAUGUGGCAGAGCUCAUCUAUAAGACAUCUCUCCACACCAGACUGCUGCACCUGGAGGACGUGUAUGUAGGCCUGUGUUUGCGCAAACUCAACAUCCACCCCUAUCAGAACAGUGGCUUUAACCACUGGAAGAUGGCCUACAGUCUCUGCCGCUACCGCCGCGUGAUCACCGUGCACCAGAUCUCCCCAGAGGAGAUGCACCGCAUCUGGAACGACAUGUCCAGCAAGAAGCACCUGCGCUGUUAG